AUGCCUACAUCCUUAUUCGAGACCAAAUCACUUGCUGUGCAUCCCCCAUAUCGUUUCAAACUGGCCCUUGAACGAUGCGGGAAGACCGAAGGCCAACCUUCAUCGAUAACCAGACGCCAGCAGGCCGAACAACUAUUUGAACACAAAGUGCCGAAACUAUGUGGCUGGUUAUCGGAUAAGGUUGCUUGGGUGGAGUUCUUACAGGGACUUGACGAAGGUGUUUGGAUUGCAGCCUCACUGGAGACUGCAAGAGACGAUGGGGUGGCACGGCCGGAGCACGACAGAUUCAUUGAGACUUUCGGUGGCAGAAAAGGUGCUGAUGAGUCUGACAACGAUGAAGCUAGAGGGGCAAAACUCCAGAGGGCAUCGCAACAAUUCAUGAUACAACAAAUGCAGUGGCUCGGCAACAUUACGAGGGGGAAAGUGGCCGACUCCUCGUAUCUCAAUCUGAAUGAAGCCGAAGGUCACCAAAUUAACGUGUCACAGCGCGGAAAAGUUCAACUCAGAUUCAAUUUGAAAAAUAACUUGAUCAUUACGACGGACAUCAAGCUGGGGCCGCUCAUUGCUCCGCUUGAGAAAGACGAUAAGCGUACAAUACAUUUCACGGAUUUGGGAAUUGAUAUCAGAACUACAACAGGAUGGACAAUCAAAGUUCCCAUAAACAAUUCGACAUGUACUUUACCCUUGUCAGCCAUGAAAAGCCAUAAAAACGGCACCGAAUUCAUUCGCCUUUGGAAAGCAGUUCGCGGUGAAGCUCAGCCUGAACGCGGGUUAUCGAGUCUCUUGAAGUCUUCUGAUGAAGAUGUAGACUAUCCUCUAGAGUUGUGUGUCUCGCCUAACGGGGAGAAGGGGGCGAAACCUCCCCAGAAGCGUCUUGAAACUUUUCAAAAACCAGAGAAGAACGACGCAAUGUGGCUGCUAAGGAGCUACAUUGAUUCAUACCUUCCCGAUGGAGGUGAUUUCUGGACGGGUAAUAAGGUGGAUUUUCCACAAGGAACAGACGAUGUCGCUCGCUUCAUCAAGUACGUUGAAAUGACCAUCAUUCAGUUCAGCUGGUUCUGUGGCCUUGCUGACCAAUUCAUCUAG